CUGGCCUUAGCCUUGUUUUUAACCCCCUUCAGUGCAGUACUGCACUACAACAGGUGAGUACCAAAUCGGGGUGUAUUGUGAGCUGCCUGUGGAGCACCCCCCGCAGUUGUUUACCAUCUCUGUAGCCUUGGCGGAGGGGUGAAGAGUUAGGCCGCGUCGGCUACACAACACCAGCCUGGCAGGGCCAACAGAGCACACUGCCAUUCGCUAUCAAGGGCCGGGAGAGGGGCGGGGUCUGUCCAUCAGGMAGCGCCGAGGCUGGGAGGGGCGCAGGGGGCGUGGUACCGGCCUGCGAUCCGCAGGCAGGGGGCGUGCCUCGCAGGGUCCUGCUGCCCACAGGUAGGCGGAUCCAGCUGUGCUCGACCAGGGGUGGGAGCCGAACCCGAGGACGCCAGCGGGCUGACUUCGGCGGGAUGGCGGCUGCAGCCGUGAGCGGUGCCAAACGGAGCCUACGGGCCGAGCUGAAGCAGCGUCUGCGGGCAAUCAGCGCCGAGGAACGGCUGCGCCAGUCCCGCCUACUGACCCAGAAGGUGAUGGCCCACAGUCAGUAUCAGAAUUCCAAAAGAAUUUCCAUCUUUCUAAGCAUGCAAGAUGAAAUUGAGACAGAAGAGAUCAUCAAGGACAUUUUCCAACAAGGCAAAAUCUGUUUUAUACCUCGAUACCAGUUCCAGAGCAACCACAUGGAUAUGGUAAAAUUAGAAUCACCUGAGGAAAUUUCUUUACUUCCCAAAACAUCCUGGAAUAUUCAUCAACCUGGUGAGGAUGAUGUUCGUGAGGAGGCUUUGUCCACAGCCUUGAUAGGACUAUCUGCAAAGGAAGAAUCUUUGCAACAGGAUUAUCAGAUUCCAAAAUGUAAUCUAGUAGAAGGCAGCACUGUAGGAACAUUCUGCAAGGAGCUAAGGGACUGUAAAGCAUUCCUUGAUAUCACAGAAAUCUCUUGA